UCCUUUCGAAAAGUUUGAUUCCAGUAAGUUACUCUGUUUUGAUUGCUCGGAAUACUUAUUUUUUUUCUCUCUAGUUACUUUGUACCACAUGGGUGAUUCUGAUUCUGAAUUAGACGAUGAAUAAGUUAUAUACACACAUACACACAUAUACACACAUGGCAUUAUACAUAUAUACACACGCACAAUACCCUAUUGACUCACAUAUACACUUUAUUCAUACUACGCUUUUAAGAAGAAGAAGAAGAAGAAAAAAGAAAAAAACAAAAACUGUUCUCUCAGUGUAAUAGAUUUAUAUUUAAUUGCAUAC